CCACGUUGUUGCCGUCGAGGCCGGCAAAUUCUUCCUCCACACUAUCAUCUGCAUCGUCUUCAAACCACAGAAAACCCUCCAACACUUUACGCUGCCACAAGUUGACUACGUGGUACACAAAUCUCGCCGUCGGAGCCACCACGUCCCAGGAGAAAACGCAGUUCCUCAAGAAAUCAAAUGCCUGAAUCUCCGUCGAAGACGCAUCACGACGUUGGGCAGUGUUCCGUGCAGUGUGCCGCGAUAUACUGAUCUAGAUUCACCGAUAUCUAACGCAUCCAGUCGAGCUUAUUAGACUUUGUAGAUUGAAAAGUAUAUCCUAUUCCAAGAUGUCUUCCCCUACCGGAAAAUGGGAUGCAAGGUACCUUGGUCCUGUUCCUCAUGACGCCUCGUACUAUUCGAAGGCCCUUUUGGGUGGUGCUCUUGCUUGCGGUUUGACGCACGCUGCUAUCACUCCCCUUGAUGUCGCCAAAUGUAACAUGCAGGUCAACCCCGUUAAAUACAAGGGAUUGGUUCCUACGAUCAAGUUGCUCGCUGCAGAGGAAGGUUCCCGUGGCAUUUGGAAGGGUGUUGGACCGACAUUGGUCGGAUACUCUUUGCAAGGAAUGUUCAAAUAUGGUAUUUACGAGGUCUUUAAAGAUGUCUACCAGAACAUGGCUGGCAAGGAGACUUCCGAGAAGUACAAGGGUGUUAUCUGGCUCGCUGCUUCUGCUUCUGCUGAAGUUUUCGCCGACGUUGCCCUUUGCCCCCUGGAAAUGACCAAGGUCAAGAUCCAGACGAGUGCUACUGGUAGCUUCCCCACUGCCUUCGGUCCGGCCUUGGCAGAGAUGAGCAAACUCAAGGCUGAGACCCGUUAUCCCUACGGUUCGCUUGUCCCCCUUUGGUCGCGUCAGAUCCCCUACACUAUGGCCAAGUUCUUCUGCUACGAAGGGACCGUUUCCUUGUUUUACAACCAUGUCUUCACGAAACCCAAGGAAACCUACUCCACAUCCACCCAGCUCGGUGUCACUUUUGCCUCCGGUUACAUCGCUGGUAUCAUCUGCGCCAUCGUCUCUCAUCCCGCUGAUUCCCUCGUUUCUCUCCUCGGAAAGGCCGAAAAUAAGGGCAAGUCCGUCGGACAAAUUGCUGGCGAGGUCGGCUUUGGAACUUUAGCUACGAAGGGUCUCGGUACUCGUGUGUUGAUGAUUGGUACUUUGACUGGCUUCCAAUGGUGGAUCUACGACACCUUCAAGGCUACCAUGGGAAUGGGCACAACUGGUGGGAAGUGAUUGGUUCGCCAUCCACGGCUGACAUGUUGAUGUUGCUGAAGAUCUGCACAACAGCCCUCAAAUCCUAAUACACAAUCUUAAUACACAAU